UCUUUCGUUGCCCACACUGUGUCUCCUCUGUGAUGGGCUCAUGGUCAAGAGUUUCUAAUAUCUGAAGCCUGACAGACAUUAGUUUCCAGCCAUGGGUGACUGGUCUUACCUGUCCUCUCUGCUAGACAAAGUACAGUCUCACUCCACGGUGGUGGGGAAGAUCUGGAUGAGUGUCCUCUUCCUGUUUCGGAUCUUUGUCCUGGGCGCUGCUGCGGACAAAGUCUGGGGAGACGAAGUGUCAGAGUUCAACUGUGACAGCCGGGAACCAGGAUGCGAACACGCCUGCUACAACUGGAUGUUCCCAAUGUCCUACAUUCACUACUGGGUCUUGCAGAUCAUCUUUGUGUCAACACCUACCCUGGUCUACCUGGGCCAUGCUGUCCACAUCAUCCACAAAGAGAAGAGGAUGAUGGAGAAGCUGCGGGACAGCACUACGGAAACUGCACUGAAGAAGCCCAAAUAUACAGAUGACAGAGGGAAGGUGAAGAUAAAAGGCGUCCUCUUUUGCACUUACAUUACUCAGCUGCUCUUUAAGAUCUUCUUGGAGGUGGGAUUCAGCGUGGGCCAGUUCUACAUCUUUGGCCCUGUGUUCCUAGACCUCUACUUCCACUGUACUUUGUCUCCACCAUGUGCCCGUAGCAGUGGUGCCCUGUGUUACAUUUCCCGUCCCACAGAGAAGACAAUCUUCAUCAUCUUCAUGCUUGUAGUUUCGGGCAUUUCAGUACUCCUCAACAUCAUAGAGAUAAUCUAUCUGCUCUGUAACAAGAGGAGAGACAGCAGGAAACGGCUUCUAGCUCAGCAGCAUCUGCUCAGUCCACAGCCGUACCCAUCCAACACAGCUUGGGUGGACACGAGCAGCAAGUAUGGAGGCUUCCCACUGUUGCCUCGGCCUGCUCCGGGUCUGACAGGUGUCUGCAAUGAAGACGGACACAUUGACUCCAUCAGUAAAGAGAAGGACACCUGAUACAUAUAUUCUACAUGUUUUCUCCUUGUUAUUAUUUGGUUUAAGUCUUUUUAAGGUCAGUAGCUGGAUUGUAUGAAUGGUUCUUGAUUGAAUUAUCAGAUGUACUGUGCCUCAGGAAAAUAAUAAUAGUUUAAUAAAAUAGCACUUACUGUGUUUUCUUGAAAAGCUGAAUUGAAUGAAUGAAUAAAAAAAAAAAAAAUCAGUACAGCUACAGACAGCCGUUAUCAAUCUUAUAGCAUUUACUUAGAUUUUACGUAAGAUUCAAAUCGAUUGACUGUUUCAAUCCAGCUGUACACAAUUCUUACAUUUAAAUGAUUUUCAUAUUCCCCAGAUACACUACAUUUUUUUUCAGUUCCAUUAGUCCGGUAAACAAAAAAUGUAACUUGAAUGCAGUCUUUAGCCUGGGGUCAGCUCAUUUAGACUCCCCACAAAGAGGCCCCAGCCAGCCAGCUCCUUCCACAGCCCAGAAAUUUCUUGCUGUGAGGCGACAGUGCUGCUCCACUGUGGCCACAUUUGCGAUAGACAAUUGACAUGGACAGAUUCAGAUCAUUUCUCCACAUUAUCCAUGUUCUCGUCUAAAAACAUAAUUUUAUCAAGAUUUUUGUAUCGGAGCGUCUGAGGUGGAAUUUUUUUUACAAAUGUUGAAAAUGAAUAAAUAAAACAAAAUAAAAAUGUAAAACAUGA